ACAUUUUCUUUAUGAAGUUAAUAUCAUUUAAAAAUCUUAAGUACGUCCCUGCACAAUUUCCCAACAUAGUCGGCAACGCAGCUGUCAAAAAUCCCCAGAUCCCCCUAAAAACAUAACCUACAAUAACAUUCACACGUGUGAAUGAGCGAAAAUGUCGUUUUUCAUCAAAGGCAAACAGUCCAAUGGCAUAAAACGGGCGAAAUUCUCAAACGACAAGAACAAAAAGAAGAAAUUCACCAAUAAACGCGCAAAAGAUGAAGAAAUUACGAGCAGCGAGGAGGAAGAAAUAGAAAAAGAAGAAAUCCCUGAUCACACGUCGUCUGAAGAUGAAAACGAGACCGCGCAGGAAAAAAAGUUGCGUUUGGCGAAAGUUUACUUGGAGGAAAUUGAGAGGGAAGAGAAAUUGAGGUUGGAAAGUAAGGAAAUAGACAACGAUGUUAUAUCUCGUAGACUCAAAGAAGACUAUUUAAAGGACGCCGGGAAGUUGCGAUUGACAGUAGCAGACACUUAUAAAGGUGCGGACAGUGAGAAUAUUAAGUUUUUAAAGUGUAGGGAGCAGAGGGACUGUAUUACAUGCGUAUGUUUAUCAGCGAAAGAUGAGUUUUUGUAUGCAGGCAGUAAAGACGGUAAUUUGGUCAAAUAUUCCUUGGUAGAGCACAAAAAAGUCGGUAUUUUACCGUUUACAAGGAAGAAAAAUGAUAAACCUACAGGAAAUUCUACCAAAGUAAAUGCCAUUGCUAUUUCUAGCGAUAGUAAAUACCUUGUAACAUCUGAUGAAUCAAAUAGCAUUCACAUAUGGUGCCCUGAUACUCUAACACAUAUAAAAUCGUUAUUGGGCCAUAAAAAACCUGUAAUAAGCCUAAUAUUUAAAAAAGACUCGCAUCAACUUUACUCAGGGAGUAAAGAUCGCACAAUAAAGGUAUGGUCAUUGGAUGAAAUGGCUUACGUUGAAACCCUAUUUGGCCACCAAGACAGCAUAACCUCACUUGACGCGCUAUACAGAGACCGUUUAGUUUCCAGCGGAGGAAGAGAUUUAAGGAUAUGGAAAAUAACAGAAGAAACUCAAUUAAUCUUCAACGGCCACAAUGGGAACAUAGAUAAUGUUAAGCUAAUAAACGAAGAAAAUUUUAUAACUGGUGGUGAUGACGGACAAAUUUGCAUAUGGAGUUUAAUGCGUAAAAAACCUCUGGCAAUUUUAAAUCAAUCCCAUGGUUUGGACUCCACCAAUAACCAACCCAACUGGGUGACAGCCAUAACCUCAUUUUUAAACACAGAUUUGGUUGCUACAGGUUCAAAUAACGGUUUUGUUAACGUUUACAAGCUAGAAAAUAAUUUUAAGAACGUAAAAUUACUUUUUACUAUUCCCAUGUUGGGUUUUGUUAAUACUUUGAAUUUUACCUCCGAUGGUACCAAAUUAAUCGUUGGGGUUAGUAAAGAGUACAAAUUGGGGAGGUGGAAUACAGAAAAAACAGCCAAAAAUGGUAUUUAUGUGGUACCAUUGGUAAAAAGUUGAUUUUUUAUUUAUAUUAAAUGAUUUACUGAUGUUAUUAAAUGACUUAUUUUUUA